UAUUGCGGCUAAUAUAACAAGUAGGCGUACUCGGACAACAAUUGACAGAACCAUACACAUACCAACUUUCUCAAGAUGUUCACAUGUAAUUUGAUAUCCCAGGAAUAGUUUUACCGUUCAGACAGGAAGGAAAAGCUUAUAUUGGUCGCCAUGGCAAAUAACAGAUCGGAUCGACCGCUCCUCGAGAUUAAGAAGUCAUACGCAGGUCAAAGUUCAAAAGAAGAAGAGGAUCACAUCGAGAAUACAUCACAUUCUUCACAAUUCAACCGUAUGGGUCUGUCGGUCAUGACUGCUACAGCACUGAUCAGUGGAAAAAUUGCCGGCUUAGGAAUUCAGAUACUUCCUGGUGCCGUCGCAAGAACAGGUGCGUGGGGUCUUGUGGUGGCCAUCGUAGCUCUACUCCUGUCGGCGUUCUCGGGGACUUUACUCUCUAAGAGCUGGAUACUACUCCGACAGAGGUACUCGAAAUACCGCACCGAAAUCCACCGCUAUCCUUACCCAGCCUUGGCCUACGAGGCAUAUGGAAUAUGGGGCAGGAGAAUAGCAUCCGUUCUUCUCUAUCUUUACGGUGUGGCUAUAUGCACGACUGGAUUACUUAUACUCUCCGAUAAUCUCCAUGUUUUACUCAAGCUCCUCAACGUCCAUCUAACAGCGUGCGCUUACUUGCCCAUGGUGGCGGUGUUCGUCUGCCCCUUCCUCUGGAUGGGCACACCGAAAGAUUUCUGGUUCGUAGGUUACUUCGCGAUUAUAACUGCAUUCACGGCGGGUGGGUUUCUAUUCGUCGGAUCCCUGCUCGACCACGAUACCUACUCCGGCAUCGACCACCCCGACGAAGUCGAGGUCGAUGAGAUCUUUUCAUCCAUGGGUGACAUCAUAUUCGCGUACGCCGGGCAGUCUGUCUAUCCUACCGUGCAGCACGACAUGCGAAACCCAGAGGAUUUCACCACCAGUGUUCUGCUAGGUUAUGCAAUUACAGCGAUCAUCUACUUCCCUGCCACCAUCACGUGUCUCAUCAUCUACGGAGAAGGCUAUCGUGCGCUCCAUGCCUCCAAUAUCCUGGAUAUAGUGACGUCACACUUCAUCACUGUACCGUUCAUCAUCCUCAUCAUGUUCUACACGAUUCCUGUCAUCAUCAUCACAUCCAAUCCGUUCUUCCAAGACGCUGAAGAUUUCUUCAAUAUUCCUUACGUGUUUACAUGGAAGCGGUGUUUACUACGGUCCUUGUACAUACUCCUUCUCCUCUUCGUCGCCAUGACUUUCCCGCACUUCACGAUCUUCUUGCCGCUGAUCGGUGGCCCAUUAGUAGCAGUCGUCAAUUUUAUCUUGCCCAUCGUCAUCUAUGCCAAGCUCGUACGGAUGGAACCCCCGGCCAGUCCACCGGAAAGCAUUAUUCCCGCGUGCCUUACGAACACUUGUCACGUGAUAAUCGUGCUCGUAGCCAUCCUCGGUGCAGGGAUGUCGUCCGGUGCUGCCGUCUAUCAUCUAGUUACAAGUCACGAUGGCGUAUACCCACCGUGCUAUUCUAAUAUAAGUAACUUCUACGACUUCGGGCUUUAA